GGGAAUCGGAGCGCAGCGCAUGGAACGGGUUUCAAUUUACGGGAAGCAGAAGCAGAAGCAUAGCAUAGCAAUCUUGGGCAGCAAGAUUUGAAUUAAAGGCAGAAAAUUGAUACCCUGGGAAGUCAAAAUCCAGGAUGAUUCUCAUAUUUUGAGGAACUAAACGAGCUUGGUGAGCAAGGCAGCUCUGAAGAUCAAUUAACAUGGCUAUUUGUGUUUGGCUGGCGCCGCGAUUAUUGAGAAGCUCAUAAGAAAUCUCCACUGGAAGAAAUAAAACAUGCCCAUCUUCAACUCUAUUUUCUUUUCCUCCAAACACCACUUCCGACAGGCUCGCGGUCUACUUCAAAGGUUUCAUCCAUCAAAUUCCGUUAGAUCCUGCAAAUAUUCAAAAUCAUCAAAAUACAAUAAGGAAAUACCAGAAGUCCAUCCUCUCAUUUCCAUAGAUGAACAGGCUUCUCGUUCUAGGGCUACUUAUGUCAUUCCAGCUGCAGUGAUGAGUUUUGUUGGGUUAGCAGCCCUUGUCCAUUAUAAUGAUGAGAGAAGAGCUGUCUUGAAAGGACAAGGUAACUCAUCUGAUGGAAACUUGGUUAGAGGACCGAUUAUUGGGGGUCCUUUCACUCUUACUGAUACAGAGAAUAGAGUUGUAACRGAGCAAAAUCUUCGGGGGAAUUGGUCUCUCCUCUACUUUGGCUACACUUCAUCUCCUGAUGUUGUUCCAGAGCAACUCCAGAUUAUGUCCAAGGCUAUAGACAUAUUAGAGUCAAGACAUAAUCUCAAGGUUCUACCAGUAUUUGUCACAAUUGAUCCUCAACGUGAUAAUCCAUCACAUCUUCGUGCUUACCUUAAAGAGUUUGAUCCAAGAAUUGUAGGACUGGCUGGACCAGUUGCAGCAGUAAGGCAAAUGGCACAGGAAUACCGUGUUUACUUUAAGAAGGUCGAAGAGGAAGGCGGCGAUUAUCUUAUCGAGUCUUCACACAAAAUGUAUUUGUUGAGUCCAAACCUGGAGGUCAUGAGAUGCUGUGGAAUCGAGUAUAAUGCUGAAGAGCUAUCACAAGCCAUACUGAAUGUAGUUCAGAAAACUCCUCAAUAACGACCUACAGGUCUUCAAAUUCUUUCCUUUUCUAUUUUUCUUAGGUUUCUUUCUAAUCAUCCAGUGAAAUCAUUUAAAAUGUUGUCUUGACUUGUUUACUUGAAUUUUGACUUUUUAGAAGUUCAUUAGCAGUAUAUUAGUACAGACAGAAAAGGCAAUUUUUUUUGUUCAGUAAUUGUUUAAACUUGGUGAGCCGAGAUGAGUAAUAGAACAUCACCAUAAUCCAUUGAACUCAUUGGCUGCUUCAACUAUCAGAUAAAAAUUAUAUUCAGGUUUGGAUGA